AUGCCCUCCUACGCGCCGAUCUUGCUACAGCACAUCAACCUUACUGUACCAGAGGGUACUUUACCGCUCGCAAGCGAGUUCUACGGCGAGGUUAUUGGGUUUGGCGUUGACCCGGUUCCACAGUUACAAAAGCAUAUGCUGCUCUGGUUCAGAAUAGGCGAUGGUCCACAGCAGAUCCAUGUCGCCCAUACACACGAGACCUCACCGCCCAAUUCACAUCUCAGCAGACACCACCCCUGUUUCCGUCUCGCAUCGCCCGAAGCGCUUCUCGAGCUCCAGCAGAGGAUAUACGAGCACAGCAAGGGGGAGUCAAAGGCGAGGGCGGUGGAGUGUGAUGUGCCAGGGGGAGAGAAUUCCGGCUCCAAGGGAGUGGAGUACCCUACUCGUUUCUUCGCGCGGGACUUUGCGGGAAACAGGCUUGAGUUCUCAGUAUGA